GGGUGACAUGAGAUGAGAUGACAGUAAAGAAAGUUGUGAUCACUUGCGUUCCGUCAAGGUUGUUUCAAUAGGAAAUGUAAAUUCGCAGUUCUUUAAAUUAGUAAAUGUUUUAAAUUCAAAUAAUCCAGUGUCUUUAACCCAGUUAAAUAAGGCUUAAUUAUGUCGAAGAUUUACAGAGCACUUGUAACCUCUGCUGACAGAUUUGUGCCCUCUAAAUUGCGGCCACUUUGGGAACACGAAGCUGGUAAAAUGGGUGUGUUUCAUUGUCACGUCCCCCACUUUCAGGGUUUGGUGUUGGCUGGUUUGGGUGACUUGAAACGGCCUGUCGAGACCUUGUCCAUACCCCAGUCCGUGUCACUAGCGGCUACUGGUAUCAUCUGGUCACGUUAUUCUUUAGUUAUCAUCCCUAAGAAUUAUAGUUUAUUUGCGGUAAAUGUAUUUGUAGCCAUAACGAGUUUGUAUCAAAUAAGCAGAGCAUUUAAAUAUCAGCAAUCAUUAAAAGCUAAACAAACCAAGGAGAAGUAAAUCUGCGUUUAUGAGAAUAUGCUGUUCUGUUAAAAUUUAUUAACAGCGUUUUUAAUAAAAGGGUUUAAAAAUAAAAUAUUAUAAAAGUAGGUAACAUACAUGACAAUAGAAUCAGAUAAAUACCAACAUACUAUUUUACUUAGUUCAAAAAACAGGCUUUGCUAUGACAUACUACAAACUCGAAACGUUAUGUUUAUACGUUUCUUCAGAAUUUUACACCAUACAAAUCACAAUAAAAUAAUGUACUUUGAAAUAAUAAAUGGUGCAAGAGUGGUGCGAUAGCGAAUUGCAUACGAUUUUCUACUUAUAAAAGUAUUUUACUAUAUCAAUGACAAUAACCGAAACAAAGCAUAAGUGUGAAUAAAAAAUAUUAAUCGAAUGGAACGUAAACUGGUCCUUUGUUAAAUUAUGACCAAAAUAGUUUUCUUUCUGUACAGAAAUUAUUCUUUCAUGGGGUUUGUAGAUUUUUGUAGCUUAGUUUAAAUCAAUCUCAGAGGGUAAAUAAGUCAUAUAUUUAUUAUUAAUUAAGAAAAUAAAUACGAAAAGUAGAAUUGUGUUGUGUAGAGCUUUCUUUUUAAUUAUUGCGAAUAUUGAUAAUUUUUGUUUUUAUAGCACAAGUUCCAAGAAUUAAAUGGUACGUAAUAAACGUUGGUGCUUCAUAAAGCCUUAUACGUUAUAGCUUUUUGGCUAUUCCAUGUGAUAUUAGAUAUUUCUAUGCACAUUCAUAAUUGCAAAAAUGUAAAAACAUGAUUUUUGUAGGUAUUUACAAGGAAUAAUAAUUUCCAUAUGAUGUGAUAAAAAUUGUUAACAUUUUUUGUUACACUUGUAUUAUGUUUAUAUUUAUUUUGUUAUCAUGUUUUAUUAAUAAAAUAAUGUGAUAUCAUUUUUCAUUCCUGUUUGUAUAAGAACGAAAAACUUUCACCAUUUUCAAAUCUUUGAUACUUGGAUAUAUACUUGUCAAGUGUAUAUGUCAUACACAUAGGGAAAUUUAAUGUUUUGUGAAAAUGUUAUUUAUUUUUGUAUCAUGUUUACUAAUUAAAAAUAUACUUAUUGUUUAUCUG